AUGCAUUCUAAGAAGAAGUUGCCCUAUGACCCUGGCACUUUGCCACCGGACAAGCGCUUUCGCGCUAAUUUGUCUGAUUUGUUUCUAAGUGGUGACCUUGCAGCCCAGCGUGCCCAUUCCCUGUUUGCAGAUGCCAAUGCUGCUGGGACACACCAUGUCACUGACCUUGCUGGAAACAAAAGACCAGAUGGCAAUAGCGCGCGUGAUUUGCUCCGACGCCUUCGAAAGAGCUCCCACUGGCCACCUUUGUACUGGGCAGAUAUCCCUGUGUGGUUAGACAAGAAGCAGAAAGAAGAAAUCGUGCAAAUUCCUUUUCUCUUACCCCACGAAGUUGCCCAUGCAAUGUUCCAGUGGACAGACAUCGGCAAUUUUUCCGAUUUGGCCCACCUGCCAACGGAUGAAAGAGCUUUGCUGGAGACUGGCAAAAUACUUCUUAGCCGCGAUGUGCCUCUGCUGCCCCUGGGCCUCUGGAUGGAUGGUGUCCCAUGCAAUUGGGAUCGCUCCCACAGUUUGAACGUCUUGACCAUUAGUUUUCCCAGCGCAUGUGGCCCUCAUAGGAGUGUCCGCAUCCCAUUGUUUGGCAUCAAGCAACACUUUUGCAGCAAGCACAAAACAUUUGAUGCAGUCUUCGAAGUUAUUUGCUGGUCCUUGCGAAUGUUGUUUCUGGGUGCCAUGCCUUCUUGCCGACAUGAUGGCCAACCUUUCGCAACUUCUGAUGCUGGUCGGAAAAACUGGGCCGAGAAGCCGCUGCAGCGCUGCAUGCUGACCCAAGUGCGAGGAGAUUGGAAGAUGCUCAAAGAUGUUUUCCGCCUACCCCAGCACAAUGAGAAGGCUGGCUGCUGCUGGCUUUGCCCAGCUACGCCCGACAACAUGAGGGAUGCUUCAGCAGCUGCGCCGUGGAGGGUGCCUUGGUGCACGACGGACUUGGUCCAAAGACUGCUAGCCCAAGGCCAUCUUUGCAGCCCGCUGUUUUCGCUGCCAGCCUUUACCAUCAACAUGUUCAAGCUAGAUUGGCUUCACAUCAUGGACUUGGGCGUCGCUGCUGAUGUUGCUGGAAAUGUUCUUUGGGUAUUGCAAGGCAAGAUGCCGGGUGCAAAUGUGAAGAUGCGCGUCAGCAAGCUGUAUUUGCAAAUUGCCAAAUACUACAAAGAAACCGGGGUGCAGGACAAAUUGAAUACUUUGACUGAAACCAUGAUUCGAAAGAGCAGCACCACCCCGCCAAAGUUGACAGCUGGGGCUGCCGAGUGCCGCCACCUGAUUCCUUGGCUUCUGCAAGCAGCAAAAGAAUGUUUGAAUCCCAACGAUGCUUUCGAGGAUACGGUCAUCCAGGCCAUCUCGUGCUUAUCUACCAUGUAUGACCUUCUCUCCAACUACGCUCGCUCAAAGAUGCGGCACGCGGCCGGGCGAUUGGCUCUUCUCUUGGCUGCGCUGCGCGACGCUUCUGAGGAUCCACUCUGGCGAAUGAAACCAAAGGUGCAUUUGAUGCUGCACUUGGCUGAGAAUCUGCACAGCCCCGCUGAGACUUGGACGUAUCGAGAUGAGGACUACGGCGGCUCCGCUGCCCGUUCCAUGCGGUCGCGUGGCGGCACCGACACUCCCAAAGUGGCCGGAGAAAAUUUGCUCCAAAAGUUUUGCUGCCGACACGACCUCCCCACUGCUCUCGGCAUCGGAAAAUGCGAUUGCAGCGUCAAGCAGAGGUUGAUCAGUCUGCUGCAAGUGGUACUGGACCUAUUUGUAGCUACGGCUGUGCAGUGCCGGGGUGCCAUCAGUGGUGUCGUCACAAUCACACGCCUCACUGUAGGCAUCGCUGCUUGGAUCACAGUUGGGAAUAGGAUGGUUGUGGAACACAGAGGUUUUCGUGGUAGAUGGGCUAGCAGUGCCGCUGCCGUGUCUGCCAGUGACUUGCAAGAUGUUGACAGCGUGUGCCCUAGUACAGACCUUGAUGGCAAUUGGGAACAUGUUGAGUUACCUGACACGGAAGACUUGUUUGGCAAUUUUGACAACACUGACACUUUGGAUUCAUCGCUUGAAGCCUUGGACAGUCAUGAUGUUUUGCCUUUACAGGAGCCACGUUUUAUGCAUCCGAAGCCUAAGUCUGUUGCAAACAAACCUGAAUCUUUGUCAGCUGAGAGCUUAGCGGUCAAACGCGCUGCAGAUGAGUUGUCAUCGAGACAUGUCCAUAAGCUGACUUCGGACUUGAAACAGCCUUGGCAGAAAGGACCAUUAGCAGGUUUGUUUGCUAGACCGAAACCUUUUUGGGAUCGUUUGCAGUCAUUUCAACAGUUGCCGUUAGUUGGACUUGCUGACCACAUCACUGCAAGCUCAACAGACAGUGCGGUGCCCAUGCAGAUUCAACACACUGAACUUACAGUGCGGCGCAUCAAGUCAUCACGUUUGGUGUCAUCAACAGACAACUUUCGACAUGUUGCACUUGCCAGGUUUAAAACGAUGGUUCUUUUAGACCUUGACUGCGCUCGUCUUGGACAGUCCCUGAGGAGCUUUGCAGGUACCCUGUGCUCAGAUUCAGAGUUGUCUCAGGUUUUCAUGGAUGUUUUCUCACCGAAGGCCACAGGAACAAUUCUGAAGAGGUUUGCAGAUGUUUUGAUUGGGUUCACAUCUUCAUCAUUGACAGACAUGCUCAGCCCAAGGGUGACGGGAGCAGCACAUGCUUGCUACAUGACCAAGAGGUUCAGGAAACCUGCAGAGGUGCUGAAGGUCGCCGAGAUAGCUGCACUGGAGGACAUAUGUUUGAAUGACCCAGAAUUGCAUCGACGCCUGAUUGCUGGACAUUUGCUCUUUCGCUUCACUGCCGCGGCAAGAUGGCACGAUUCAAUGUGUGUCAUUUCAAUGGAGAUCUCAACAGCUGGACCUGUCACCCUUCUUGAGGCCAUGACUUCCAAGCACAAGUCAUCGCGUGGAAAGGAGCAACAAAUGGAGCUUCUGCCAUUUACUGCGCUGGGCCAUGUUACAGUUGAGGACUCAUGGGGGGACAGCUGGAUGAAGUCACGUGAUGCCGCUGACGUUGGAUCGUGGAAUUACUUCCUGAAUUCCUGGUCAGAGAGUGAUCACACUUGGAUAGACUCCCGCAUGUCCACAGCAGAGGCAACUGGUUGGCUUCGUGAAUUGUUGGAGCCCCAUGUUGGAAGCGACAGAGCCUCAUCCCUGACAGUGCAUGGAUUGAAGGCUACCUUGUUAAGCUGGGCGGCCAAAAGUACCCUUUUUACUGCGGAUGAGCAAUUGGCAUUGGGGCAUCAUGUCAACGCCCAAUACAGAUCUGCCAUGAUCUACUCACGGGACAACCAGAUUGGCUUGUGCAAGACGGUUCAUGCCAUGUUUGCACGCAUCAGGGAUGGCACCUUUGACCCCGAUGCGACCAGGGUCAGCCGUUUGUUCCAGCUGGCUUUUGAGACAGCUCUGGAAAGAGAUGGUGGCAGCAGUGACAGCAGCUCCAGUGACUCAGAGGACGCAUCCUCAGUGGCUUCAUCAAAUGGAGAGCACUCCGGCUUGAGUCAGAAGACCACGUACAGGCGCCUGGAGGCUGACGACAUUGAAGCAGACCAAUGUUUGAUAGACAAAAGCUCAAAGGUGAUUCACCUGCUUGCCGGAGAGGACGAGAAAUUCUGGUGUGGCAGGAGCCCCACGGCUUCUUUCAGCAGGGCCUCAAGGGAUGAGAUAUCAACACCUGAGGUGGUGGUUUGUGCGAGCUGUUCACAUGCUUACCGUGCCGCGAGGCCCAUGCUGUUUUUCGAGGCCCAUGCACUGUCUUUGGAGGACCUCAAAUCCAGGGCCGACAGGUCGGAGUCAAGUGAGGCAAGGAUCAUUCCACUUGCUGAGAAAAUGGAUCGAAUACGUUUGCAGAAACAGCGUUUGACAGAUAAGCCUUUUGAUGUUUCCUUCGAAAAAAUUUCGGAGCAUCCGGAAGUCUUGCAGCACUUGACACCGCUGCAAAGCGUUGGGGCUCACAAGCAAGACACGUCUUCAACGUUCUCUGGUGGAAAAGGCAAAGGUGGAAAUCACAGUGAUGGAAAAGGAAAAUCCUCGAAGGGCAAAGGCAAGGUCAACUCUGGCAUUGCGGUACCGGAUGAUUGUGAGAUUUUUGUGGAUGGAAAACAGCUUUGCAAACGAUGGCAGGUGUCCAGCAAUACAAGUUUCACUUUGGAAGCUACAACGUUUGAAAUCUGUUGUGGCUCAGCUGGAUUGUCGGACGCAUUAAGGCUCAAAGAUCUUCUCCGUUUGGGUUUGGGUCAACAAAGCAUUAGACACCCUCCGCUGGUGCCUGAGUACAAGGAAUUUAUACACCUGAGUGACAUUUCUAAGCAUCCUGCCCACAAACUGCUUGCUGCUCCACCACACCAUGGGGAAACCAACACUGAGCAGCAACUGGACCCGGAAGCAGGGCCUGUCAAGAGGCCCAGAACCACCUUUAAGUAUGGCGUUUGGCAUGAACCGGAAGAGUUUCUAAAGAAAGCUCAGGAGGCAAAACACCCUAUCGACCAAGAUUCCUUUCUGCAUCAAAUUACAAAGGACGCCAUUGUACAAGUAGUUGGAACUUGCCCGACAAAGCUGGCCAAAGAGCGCUUGUCUACUGUUUUUCAUGUGAAGAAAUUGUCCACAGACCUUAAGCUGCACGAGAAGGAACUCAAAGCAAGCUUGCACCCUGACGUUAGUCGAUGUGUCAAUAGCAAAAACAUACUGCUCUUUGAGAAGCUUCUACAGCAACUGAACUACUGGGACAUGGGUGUUGUCGACCUUUUGAAAUUUGGAGUUCCUUUGGUGGGAUUGCAAGAACCGCCGACCGGUUACCAGCGAUUGUUGGUGCCAGCAAGCAUGACAGAAGAUGAACUGAUGGCGUCGGCUAGAUGGCGUAGAACCAGCAUAAUGCAAACAGCCAGACCGCUUUCCAAGAGCGAGGAAGAUGCAUUGGUGGAGGCAACAGCCUCUGAAGUUGAGAAGGGCUUUUUGCAGGGCCCGUACUCUGUGAGGGUCAUAGAUGAUGCAAAGCAGAGCGCAGUCAACUCGGCGUAUUCAUCGACAGUGAAACUCCAAUUGCAAGACGUGGAUUACGCCGCGGCUAUGGUUCUGGGUGCUAUGCGUGAAGCUGGACUGUCUGGCUCUGAAGCAUUGGAAUGGCUCGGCAAGACUUUUGAUCUCAGCAGAAGUGUUUACGGCUUCGUGCGCAUAUCACAAGCCCUUUGGUUUCUGCUGUCAAAACUGCUUAAAGCCAUUACUUCUCACUACUUUGACGACUUCCCGACGGUUGAGCGAUCAGAUGGUUGCAGGGUCCUGACAUUGGCCUUUAGCGCAUUGCUCGACUUGCUUGGUUGGGACCAUGCAAAAGAAGGGGACAAAGCUCUCAACUUCUCGGCAACUUUUGACUUGCUUGGCGUAACGUUUGACCUCAGUGGUAUGAGCUUAGGCGCCUUGGUGGUCAGGAACAAAACAAGUCGGAUCGAGAAAUUGUGUGCAAUGCUUGAUCAGGUGGCAAAAGACAAAAACAUUUCCGCUGCGAAAGCGAGCGAACUCCAGGGGCUCCUCAAUUUUGCAGUCAGCUUCUACUUGGGCCGGAGCAUGAAGCAUUUGGUGUCUGCUUUUAUGCCUUUUGCCGACAAACCCCAGAAUCUCCGUGCUUCUGAUUUGGAAAGUCUCUGCUUGUACACGAAAACAAUGCUUUUGGAACAGCGCCCACGCGUGCACUCAGUUCUGAAUGUGGGGUACUGCCUGGAUGAUGGCGGUGUUAUCAAAGCUCCUGCCGACCUAGUGAACGCUCUGAUCCAAUUUCACCGAUCUCCUUACAUGCUGCUCACAACAACGGGGGAGAACCACUGA